UGUGUCUGACAGCCCGCACGGCGUCUCUGCUGCUGGCUGUCAUGGAGCAGCAACGAGGAAACAUGGACACCAGACAUCUGUAAAAUAAAUAAAUACAUGAGAGCAAAGAGAAUCAGGAGCCGGAGUCAGAACAGGAAGCAUGAGACUCGCCGCUGUGGCCUUUUACGGGCUGGCUCUGGGGCUGCUGGCGGUCGGCCUGCGGGAGUUACUGACGGGCUUCGAGGAGAACCGAUGCAGUAUGACCUACAUGUUCGAGUACCCGGAGUACCGGCGUGUGUCUCUGCCCCGCCGCGUGGCCAGACUCUACCCGGCGUACGGCCUCUAUCUGUACGGCGAGGGAGCGUACGCCCAGGAGACCCGAGCCCUCAAACUCACCGGGGCCCCCGUGCUGUUCCUGCCCGGAAAUGCUGGUAGUUACAAACAAGCUCGCUCGCUGGGCUCGGUCGCGCUGAGGAAGGCGGAAAACAUGGACGGCGGCGUGCACUUCAACGUGUUCACGGUGGACUUCAACGAGGAGCUGGUGGCGCUGUACGGCGGCAGCUUGCUGAGGCAGACGCAUUUUCUUCACGAGAGCAUUAAGGCCAUCCUGAGGCUGUACAAGCAUGUGAAGACCCCUCCUCAGAGCGUGGUGCUGGUGGGCCACUCCAUGGGCGGCGUGGUGGCCCGGGCGCUCUUCACCCUGCCACGCUUCAACGCCAACCUGGUGAGCCUCAUCAUCACCCAGGCCUCCCCCCACCUGGCUCCGGUGCUGGUCCUGGACCCCUACCUGCUGGAUUUCUACUUGGCGGUGAGGCAGAAGUGGGUGAACCAGGCGAACAAGCUCAGGAACGUCACCGUUCUGUCUGUCGGGGGCGGUUACCGUGACUACCAGGUCCGCUCCGGCCUGGUGUCCCUUCCCUGUCCCCCAGGAGACCCCAACAAGCUGUCACUGGUGGCGACCGCAGUUCCCCGGACGUGGGUGUCCACAGAUCACCUCUCCAUUGUUUGGUGCAAAGAGCUUGUUCUCGCCACUGUCCGGGCCUUUUUUGACCUCAUUGAUCCUGAUACAAGACAGUUCACAGUGAACCCUGAGAGGAAGAAGGCCGUGCUGAACCAUCACUUCAUCAGACACCCUGUCAGGAUGCUGGGAGAUGCUCAAGACACCUCCAUCUCCAUCUCAGAUUUCCCUGAAGCCUGGAGUGAAGUUAACACACUCCGUCUGGCUUACAGCACACCCAAGGAAGGACAGCUGAAGUACUUCCUGUUCGCCCUGUCGAGCCGCAGGAAAGCCUACAGCCACUUCUACUGCCGGAGCAACAACCUGGAGAUGAGCAGCUGGGUGUACGGCUGUGUGCAUAAGAACGGCUCCUCAUGUAUGCGUGCGGUAGAUUUGUCCAUGGAAACUGAGCUUCUGCCACCAUACAAGGUUCUGAUUCUGAGUCUGAACGACUUGUCUUCAGUCACUCAUCUGGUCGUCUCAGCCUCCAACCUCAAUGGAAAACAGUUCACUGUGGAGUGUGAGUGGCAGAGACAAGUGUCUCAGACUGUGUCUGUCCCAGUGCCUCAUGUCCUGUCUUUUGGUUUGACUGCCAGUGACGCCACAGUGAGCUCAUCCGGGCUGCUUCACACCAUCGAGCUGCAACAGUUUCACCAGGUCUAUCAAGCUUUCAGAAUCAGUGUUGCCAGCCAGUGUAAAGUAAAUAAAGAUAGAUUGCCCAGCGUGUACCGGAUGAAGGUUUCGUGGUUCAGAGAGGAUUCUUUAACCACAGUCAGCGUACCUUCAGUGACCGAGAUCUCAGGGAUGCUUCAUACAAGUCGCCCAGACAACACCUCAGGAGUCCUCCUGGAGCUCCACACUGCCCCCAACUGUCAGUAUAAGGUGUCGGUCAGGACUUCAUUACCCAGAGUCCUCGGGCAGAUACUGAGGUUCUGUGGUCCCAUGGUGCCCGUCUACACCGCUGUAACUCUCCUGCUGGCCUGUGGGGGGCAGCUGUCCUCCAUCCUGAAGUCAAAGAGGGCUGCAAACAUGAGCCAGGUGGUGAGCAAAGGCCUGCAGCCUCACAAAGUCAACUUGUCUGUGUACAUACUGCACAGCUUACUCAGCUGCGACUGGUUUCAACAAGUCUGGUCCGCUCUUCGCCUCCCGCCGGUGGACACACUCCCCCCGUCUUUCCCUGAUGGCUCCUUCGUUAAAGAGGCUGCCCCAGCAGAGCUGUGGCCCCACCUCCUGUCCCCCCUGCUGUACAUCCUGGGGGCGGCUGUGGCGUACUGGGGCAGCACGCUGCUCCGCCUCGUCAUACGACUCAUCUCAUUAAUGCUCGCGCCCCUGCACAGACCGUGUGUGUCCAGAGACUGUGGGACGCUGCGACUGCGCUCUCAGCUCCUCAUCACUCUGUGUCUGACGGUAACAGGAGCAGCGUCCUGUGGAGCGCUGUCCAUCUGCGCUGCCUUUCUCUUCCACCUGUACAGGGUUUUAAGGUUGCAGAUGACAGAAAGAUCUCUCAGUCACAUGCUCAAUCUGGCGCCACGAAAGCACAAAGACACAGAGAACGGCUCGGUGGACGGAGAAUCCCUGAGCAGGACUAAAGAGAGUGGCGGCACCCCCUUACUGUCCGAGUGCGCUCUUCAGGAGGUGAGGGACGACCUCCAGCUCCACCUCUGCCUGUCGGCGCUCUUCACUCUCCCCGUCAUGCUCGGUGCGCCUUCACUCAUCCACUGGAUCCGUAACCUGAGGUACUCCACCCAGCUGGAUCCUGAUCCGUGUUGGCCACACGUAGUGCCUCUAAUUAUUGCCUUCAUGCUGCUUAUUAACAGUAACACGUUAAAACUCAGCAACAGCAAACUCCUGCCUCUGGCGUCCUGCCUCCCCCUGCCCCUGGCCGUGGUCGUGGUGACCUUCUCUCCACAGCACCUCUACAGGAUCAGCUACUCGCUGCUGGCGGCGCUCGUCCCCCUGGCCUCGUGCUGCCUCCUCUGACGGUAUCCCCACGUCGCCCACGGCAGGCCUGUCUCCGGGACCGAUGGGUCAGUGUGUGAAGCUGCCAUGGAGCAGAGCCAUAGACAUACACAGCCUGGGGAACUGCCCGCUCGAUGUUAGCACUAAAAGCUCCAAAGCGAUUACACUAGCUUUAAAACAAGGAGAGGAUGUAAUGGCCUUGGAGCGUUUGGUGUGAAUACGGCUCGUUUGGAUUGACCUGAAACCAUGUUUGCCUUACUCUGUAUAUCUAUAGCUCUGCCUUCAGGGAGCAACAACUCCACAACCAGUGAAGCUACUGAUAUUAGAGAUUCUCCACAGGGUUUUACACUGAGUCUUGUUGUUUCUGAUGUUUCUGCAGUGGCUUUGCUCACUGUGGUCACUCCGCUGUAAACUUCUACACUGCCUACUGCUUAGCAAAGACUGUAAGUCCCACCUGACGAGCUUCUGACACAGUGUCCUGCAUUCAUUCCUAAAGAGAGCUGAGGGAGGGUGAAGGGCCGCACUGAGGACGUCGGUACCAGUAAAGGUCCCGGCGUCAGUCGUGAUCGGCUUCACGGUCCCGACAACACAGUCUGAAUGUGUGGUGGCACUGAGGCUGAUUCAGCCUGAGGUGCAUCUCAGAAAAUCUAACGUAGGAUCGCUCAGACUUCAUUCACGGAGAGAAAACCAUGACUGUUAAUGCUGACAUGAUGUUAAACCUUAUAUCCCUAAAAUCCAGUUUUUAUCCAGAAGUGAUUUGAACCCUGAUCACAUUUCCACCUGGCGUUAACGUUCCUGUCUCCACUGUCACCUGCAUUACUCUACACGCCUCAUCUCACACCUUCUUCAAGGCAUAAGUUGAAACACAUUUUUUUUUUUUGUAAAAAAUUACUUCAUUUCAAGCCUGAAACUGCAUCCAUAAAGUUGCCAAGACUAAAAGUGACAUUAUUUCCUUCAUUACUCCUCUAAUGUGCUUUAUUUGUGUGUCUGUGUGUCAAUAUGAUGCACAGACACACAUGGAGCACACACACUGUUGCUGCUUCAUGUGCAGCACGCUCAUUAGUUUCUUACAGAUUCGUCUCAGUUUAAUUUACUCCCAUCUUAAGUCAUUAAAGACACAAAUGUCCUCUUUUUCAAAAAGCUAAAACUUAAAAAACACUGAUUUCUCCAUAGAUCACUCACAGUAUUUCAGCCCUACGUAAAAUGACAAAAAAUUGAAUCAGUUUUAGGGUUUUUCCUUUUCAAAUAUGAAUCUGAUUACUUGAUGUCACUGUUGAAAAUAAGCCGUUUUCCUCAUAACGCAUGCUGGGGGCCUGGGAUGUUUUCCUUUAUUCAGUCUAUGAUGUGUUAAAAGAUUCACCAAACUAUUAACUUUGCUUUUUAAAUUUGUGUGAAGCAUCAGAUGAAAAAUUCACUGCCUUCUUCAUUCAUUAUGGACCAAAUAUUCCUGUUUAGUCCCACUGAAUCUAACAAUUUUAAUCAACACUUGCAAAAAUAACCAGUUAUAUCAACAUUAACUUAGUCGCCAACUAUUUGUUUUCCGAGCUUCCACAUCUCUGAACCAUAUUUCAGCAUUAAAACAGACAAAUACAUAAUAAUACAUACGUACAUGAUAUAUCAGUAUCACAUCAUCAAAUGGGGCAAAAACUUCAUAAUUAUUCAAUAUUUAUUAGUUUUAAUCUGAAUUAAUAGCUUCUAAAAACUUGCCUGAUGUCAGUCCAACACCGCAGUCAUGCCAGAACACGCACAACUCACGGCAGUGUGGUUUUUUUUUUUCUUUUGUUUUUUAUGUUUUAUUGAUUAAACUCUAAAAUGUGCCCAAUCCUGAAAACCCAAAGUUUCCAGUUGAUCCAAAAGAUAAAAUAUGACUGAGUUUCUGGAAACUUCUUGUUCAAUAUUGUGUGAAUUUUUUUCAAAUAAGAUUUAACUCCAUUUGUGAAUCUGAAUUUAAGAUAUUAAUGGUGUAAAAUCUAAUAAACUGUCCACUGUGUGCAGCCAAACAACAGGCUCAACAUACUAUUACUUAUAUUCAGGUGCAUCUCAAAAAAUGCACAAUGCCUUAUUUUUAUUAAUUUGAUGUUGAGAUUAUUAUGCUAAACAAGAACGAUUCACAUCGAGGGGACGGGACAAGACAUUAAUAUUCAUCAACUCAUUUUCAUUGUCAUAUAAUAAAUCACCCUGAAGGAGAGUGAAGGGGUUCCUGUUAUGUAUUACAUCUGUUAAACAUAUACAACAAAUACAGCUUCAUCAUAGCCUCAAAGAAAUCUAUAAAGCUUUAGAUAAUCUCUUACAAAUUAAAAUGGGUUGAAUUUUUUACUGCAACAAUAUUGACAUUAAUAGCAGUUUUAGCUGUCACAUAACUCCAUACAUAAGUAUCUCCAAACACCAUAAAAUAAAAGGAAAUCAUUUUAAAAAAUAUUGCUCUAAUCUGAACUACUGUAUUUUCUAGACUAUAAUAGACACAUUUUCUUGUUUGACUGGUCAAGUAACCCUUAUCAAGACGCGAGUUAUAUAUCAAAAUAAAUGCCACAUACCAUCUAUGGCCACUAGAUGUCUCUGUAUGACAACAGAAAGCUGCUGCAGUACCACAGAAAAACCUCCAUUAUUGCUGUAUUAGUCUGGCAGCAAGCUAAAUAUCUCCAAAGAAAAAACUUCAGAGCAGAAUUUAAGUUAAUAUUAUUAGCGGCGUAUCAGGCAGAGUUCAGUGUGUCUGAUGUAUUUUUUUCACAGAUGCUUCUGAGAAUCUGGAAGAUAUGGUAAACAACUGUAGGUUUCAGUAUUUAACUCAAUAAUUAAGUUUGUGUUUUUGUUGCGUUCACCAGUUGUGAAAAAGAACAUGCUUGAUGCCUUUGUUUUGUUUUUGUUCCCAAAGCAGUUGGACAGUAUGACUCACUGUUGUUGUUGUUUUUUUUUUUUUGUUUGUUUUUUGUCUUGAUUGCAUUUGACAGAAAAACACUGUUAGUAUUUAUGAAGCAGUUGAAGACAAGGAGACAGUUCUUUCUUCACUUUUUUUUCCAUGAAAGUGGCGUUGAAGUGUGUGUCUUAUGUUUGAAGAUGUGUUGUUCGUGAUGCUGCAGAAUGACACUCCUUUACACUAAAGGCUAGUGAAGGUGCAAUGUGUAGAUAGUGCCAGUUUUGUCCACUGGGUGGCAAUGAAGUCUCACCAUUACUCAAAUUUUCAGCAGUUAGCUGAUUUUCUGUUCUGGCUUUGUGUGAGAAACUUCUGCUUCUCCUUUUCUUUGACUGAAUACAGAAAGAGUAUAAAGUGACUCACUGCACCAUCUUGUGGUACAAAGUGGUAUUACAAGACUGAUCAGGCUACAUGGUUUAAGCUUAUACAGUCACUAAAUUCAUCUCUCCCUCCAUGAUGACAAAUUUUAGCUCGUUUUGAUUAAAGAUACUACAUGCUGCACCUUUUAAAGCUGAAAAUGUUUUAGUCUUAAAGCUAAUUUCAAACUAAUGCCAAAAAGAGGGUUUUGUGACACUGCAGAAGUUCUUUCCAUCUAUUUAUUUUAUGAAUCAGUUAUUAUGAACCUUGGUUUGCCGGAGUUGUGGGUCUUAAUAUGCAUUUAUUAAAUUACAGAAGCCCUCUUUGAAAUGAAUUCAUGGAUUUACAUGACAAUUUGUUCCCAAAAUAACAAGCAACGCAAUUCACAAUCAGUGAUUUAAUUUGUCAGUUAUAAUGCUAAAUGCUAUUGAUCACGAGUGGAGUCAAAUCAAAGAGACCAUAUCUAUGGAGCUGCUUUUUGUUCUAACUUUGGAUCAGAGAAGAGCAUACAACGUAUUUGCAUCUUUUCUGAGGAUAUGAAAAGGAGAAAUCAGUAUGUUCUAUGAGUAGAAGAGCGUAAUGUGUUUUCACAUAUUGAACUGUUCUGACUAUACAAUCUGAAGACUGAAGCAAAAAAGUUUAACAAGAUUGAAAACCUUGUGAGAUUAAGUCCUUAGAUUCAUAACAUCUGAAAAUCUGAAGAGAUGUUGACUUCAAAUCAGAAUUCUUGGUUCGUGCUUGUGGUGCUUCUGCCUUUUUCUCUAUUAUCUCUAUUGAUCAGGUGUCUCCCACCCACCAGGUCAUUCAGCACCGGGCCGCAAACAGAGAAUAAAACAUUUUAUUAUUCUGAAAGUGUAUUUAAAUAUCCAUGAGUCUGUGUUGAUUUUUAUUUUGAAAAACACUUCACUUUCCACCAGUGCUCAUUUUCUGUGUUUAACUCCUUUUUUUUGGCAACAUGACUUUUAUAUGUACAUUUAUUGACAACAUAACUUUAUUUCAGUUAUUAAAUGAUCAUUGAAUGUGAAAUAUUGUUCCGUGAAACUCUAACAAAUUGAUGAUUUUGCAGAAAAAAAUAGUAAAGUUUUCAAAAUUGUCCCAUUUCUGGCUCUUCCUGGUGCAAAAUACAUCGAAAUGCCCUUAAUUUGCAGCACUCAGCAAAAAAGUUGCAUUUAUGUUGAAAAAUGAAAAAUCUAAUCAUUGUUUUCUAAUUAAUAAUUUUCUCCAUAAUGUCAUCCUGCGGGCCACAGUGGACUGUAUGUUGAAGACACACUCUGGUCUCUAUUGUACAUUAGAAAUCAGAUUCAUUGCUUACAGGAGCCACACUAACAUCCAGCCGACUCCUCUUCAUAUCUGCAGAAUAACAGUGAACUCUUUGUUUUCUCCUGACUGUUGUAGACACAGUCAGCUCUUGAUUUGUCUCCACUAUGUAAACUCUAUUUCAAUGUAAAAAUUUGACAUUUUAAAUCCCACUUCUCUUUACAUCCAUGGUUCUUUUUAAUACUAUCAUACCUGAACAGUGAGUUCUGCCAUUUACGCGUGCAGCUGUUUUUUUUUAUUUUAUUUAUUUUAUUUCGAUGCCUCUUUCUGUUAACGAUGUGUCUUAAACUGCUGUUUACUUGUGUUUUACUUUCUGCUGCUGCUCAGACUUCCUUCCCGCCAGCCAAGCAGCUGCUGUGCCUUUCUGUUCCCUCAUGUGUGCGUCUGUUUUACUCCUUCAAACCGCUCAGCAGCUAGAAACAAGCCAGGCCAGCAGCGAAUGUGUCCACCCCACAGAGAUCCUGGACACUGCAGGGUGGCUGCAGGCUUCGUGUGACUUUCUGAUCAGUAGAUCCUCAGUAGAAGCUCAGUAGGGACCAAUGGAGCCGCCAUCGUUCUCUAUGUGAAUGUACCCGCACUGAAUGUCUCUGUGAGUGUGACUUUCUACCGUUGCUCGUGGUUGUAAGUGGUCAGCUCGUGCUUUGAGGUGCACAUCGUCGUGAACCGGUGGCAUACACUACUUUGUAGUAAUUAGUAGAGGCGAGAGUUUUUCUAUGAAUAUACUUGUGAUUUGUAUCGGUGUUCACUGUGAUCACGUCCUUCCAGCUGUUCCCAUUCACACUUCUACAGCGUGCCGUUUUAGAGUGUUUAGCACUGAAAAUGAGGUGACCCUUGUGCGUUUUGUGUCUUAUCUAGAAGUGUAAAGUCGUCUAAAAUCAGCCACCAGACAGGACAGAAAUGACUUAGGGAGGUGGAAUUGAGCCAGGGACCCCUUGAGGAGGAGGGGUUACACUGCUUUAACUGUGCUCGCCAAAAUAGAUUUGCAAAUGUCAAGCUGCCAUUUGCUUUUAUAUGAAGGAUUUGUAUGUUUGAGAGUGGACACGUCCACCAGCAUCUGGCUUUUCUUUUCAAAUCAGAGAGCAGAAAAGGGUUCCACAGAAUUUCUUCAGCCACGUUUCAAGUGAAAGGUGCGUAGUUUUUAUGUUUUCGCUUUAAAAAUGUUUCAUGUUUAUUAAUUAUUAAUAAUAUGCUAUAAACAAACAGUGGUGAGUGCAAGGAAGCUGGGAGAAUAUGGAUUGGGCGUCAAGGCACUCUGGAGAUACUCUCACAUGUGCAGAACUGAUAACUUACAGCUGUGUUGUGCAGGAGCAGCGUUGUAGAAAAAUUGUGUUUUUUGGCCGUUUCCACGGAGAUGGAGUCCUGGCAUUUUCAAAAAGUUGCAUUGUCAGUGAUUUUGAGCAUUUUUUUUUUUUCAUGUAAACAGACAAAGUUUUGCAUUUGAACGUUGAAAACGUUGCGGAAAUGGGGCCUCGGAGACUCUCCUGAGGAACUUCAAGGCAUCGUUCACUACGGCCUCCGUCUCACUGGGAGGCAACACAUUACAACUGCUUUUCAGACAUUCGUACAAAUAGAUGUAAAAGUUUCUGCACUGUUCACAAGUCACUCCAGGGUUUGACAUUCCAAGUCUUUAUUCUUUAUUCUUCAUUAGAUUAAAUGACACAUUUUUUUGCACGUGUAACAAUCUUGUGAUAUUUUCAUGCAUCCUGUACCACAGUUUGCACGACUGCAAAAUAAUAAUCAGCAGACCUUAGUAUCUAUUAGAGUGUCUGUACUUUCCCAACAUCUUGACACCUGAUCAGUUUCCAGUUGGUUCUUUUUGGAUUACCUUUCUUUUUCUCAGUCUGUUUAAAUCAGACCUCCCUCUGAACCAUCAUCUGCUCUUCUCAUUCUCACCCAGAAAGUGUAAAGAAAAGUCAGAGGCUCCAGAUUUCCAAACCUCUUCUCUUAAAGCAACAAUUUGAACCAGUCCUGCUUUUCUCAAAGUUUUUUUUUUUUUUUUUUAAUCUGAUCAAAAAAUAUUGAAGUUUAUAUGAAGGAAAGACGGUUGUAAUCAUUAAACCAAGUAAUAAAAAGUCAUAUUUUAUGUGGUAACAUUGAAGUAAAUGCUUAUUAAAUGUUAUUCAGAUCUAUAAGUGCUUAGAAGUCUGGUAGCUCCUCUUAUCGUGCUUCUACCUAGAGGGCCUCUGAAGCCUCUGGCUAGUUCUGCUACCGUCUGCUCACACGCCAGGCAGCCAGACGGAAGACUUGAAAAUAUGCCACAUCUUCUCCUUCAUUUCCAUCUCCUGGUGACGCUCUAGCGCGAAAGAGUAUUUAAUCCUCAGGUUUCUGCAGAAUUGUGUCGAAAUCGGUUGCUUUGAUGUUUUUAUAUUCCUCACAUUUUUAUCUGAUGUCAGUGUAAAUGAGCAAUUUUUUGGCUCCAUUGUUGUUGCAAUAAAAUCCAGAAAAUGA